AUGUCUGGAGUGGAUGACCGGUCGCUGCCCGGUAAGAGUGUACAUCUGCCGACUCGAGAACUACUUGAUGUUGAGGACGAGCUUGCUGCAGAGAAUGCCCGCGAGCAGGAGGUCAUCGGCCAGGUCUUGCCGAGACUGCCUGACUGGCUGGACGGCAUUGUCGGCAAGCUGCUGCUCGUCAUGCCCGUGGUCGUGAUUGGAAGUUGGGUCACGUUCUCUGUCUGGGCCUACAAGGAAUCUCAGAAGCAGAAGGAGGAAGAUGAAAAGAGGAAGCUGCGCAAGGAGCUGAGCUACUUUGACUCGGCACCUGCGAAAGUCUAUGGUCGUGAGAGAUGUCGCUAUGGAAGCCUGGAUGACCCGGAGCGCUUCGCAGAUAGCGAUUUGCAGUCACAGACGACCUUGUGCUUCUUUCUCCGGACCACUGCGCAGGGAGUGCCUCUCCCAAGCCUGCGAGAAGGCGACGGCACGAAGAGUCUUCACCCUUUCGAAUUUGCCAUGGCGCCUUCAGGCUUGGAGAUCAAACUUGUCUCCUGUGUUGGUUAUGCCUUGCGUUUGUCCAAAAGCCUUCAAAAGAUGGCAGUCGCCAACGAACUCAACCUUGCUCUGGUCUACUUGGUAUCAGAAAUGCGUUCGCUUGAUCCGUCGGUUGCACCGUCUUGGAAACGCAAAGUGACAGUUUGCUUGGAGUCAGCCAUCCCGCAACCUCUCCCGUGCCGAGAUCCAAGAGUUGAUGCAGUGAGUGAGACAUCUGCGGCAGACCUCAAGAAGAUGUCCAUGAAGAUAGACACUCCAGAACACAACGUCAAGGAAGCCAUGGCCAUGGGGAGCACUCAGGAAACAAGACGCUCGGAAGCUUGUCACGAGCAGGCUGAUGAUAGACGGCGAGUACUGCGUGAUUCCUCGCGGCAUUCGCCGUCGUCUUCUCCUCGCAGUCCCAAGUCGCUCGUUCGACAUCAUGUGGAGCAGGCAGCAAGUGCCGAGGAAGCCGUAAGGGGACUCAUGUACCUCAGGGACGCGCUUCGAACCUCCGUGGAGACUGCGCCUGAAGGUCCUCAACGCGCCUGGGCGCUUCAGGUUUUUCGUGAGAUUGAGGAGCAGUUGCUGGAGCACCAAGACAAAGUACGUCCAAAAGGGCAAAAUCGCAAGUUAAUUCGUGCUGCUUGUCUCGCUGCAAUGGACCGUUCUAGGACAAAGCUUGUCAAUUGCGUGGGGCGCGCCGUGCGCACUGCUAAGAAGUGCGACGUUCCAACAGAGGCUCGACGUCUUCUUCAGUCCGCUUUACGUCUUCUGCUUGACGCCGAAUGCUCCAAGACUUGUCGGUCUCCUAUUCGGUUGUCAUGCGUGCGCCUUCCAAUAAAGCUUUAUGAUGCACUGGAGCUCUCCAUCCAGGAUAGUUCUGAUGCCGGGCGACGAGUUCCACAUGCUUCAUCUUCUGCGCACCUCUCCGAGAAUGUUGCCUCUCAUGAUGACGGCGCGUGUAAGGAGGUAAGACAGGUGGUGGCUACACACUUUGUUGGCAGCGAGGGUUCGGGAGACUUGGUUUCUGAAACUUUGCAGGCAAGUGCAGAGGCUGAGGAAAACAAGAAGGAUUAUCGUGCUUCAACUGGUGGCGGGCAAAACGCUGGGUCAGGACCGUCAUCUGGUUCUCCAGGAGGUCGUGGCAUAUGGGAGGAGCUGGGUGACCCAGGAGUCUUUUUGCAGUCUUCUUUGACAGAAGCGGGCAAUGCUGAGGAGGCCCUCUGUGGCCUGCAGCAUCUUCGGCAGAAAUAUCGCGCAAUCCUCACAGAGCCUCCUGCGUCAGGUCAGCAGGCCGGGGAUACUCCUUCACUCGAACGUGCUUGGCUUUUCAGGCUUCACUUGGAAAUGGGCGAGAUUGUUCGAGAUCUUCAGGGAGGUGAGUGGCUCGAGGACAGCGUGUUCGAGUCCGAGUCAGUCUCCCAGAGCCUGCAACCUGAGCAUCCUCGGGGGGAAGGGAGUGGCAUUCUGCGCACCGCAUACCUCGAGGUGCUCCAGAAGGAGGCAAAGGAGAUACAGAGCAGGAUGCGGACCCCUCCAGACUUCCUCCUCGACAGCUUGCAACUCUGGUUGCGCCUUGUGUCUUUGUUGCCUCUGGAACCGAAGGUUCGGGCAUCCAGAUUGAGACGGGGCAAGGGGAAUCCCUACAAAGGAAGUCAUAAAGGACCAGCCGGAGGAAGGUUCCAAGGAACCUUCCGCGGAACUUUUUCUGAAAGCGUCGAAGUAAGUUCCAGAGGUGGGAGCAAGGAGGGGACGUCAGCGGAGGACCCGGACACAGAUGACACUGGCAGGGAGCGCUUCGAGCAAGUACUUCGUCGAUGCUGGGGCCUUCUGAGUCAUGGCUGCCGGGGGCACUUCAUGGCCCAGGCAACACGUUGGCUGGCGAACAUCAUGCACAAGAACCUUCAAAACGGCCUGGAGGAGGAUUCGGAUCCAGGGCGCAGCUUGGAGGGCCGAUUGAAGGACCAACUGACCGAGAUGACGGCAUUCAUGCAAGAAGGUCCGCGUGCACAAUGUGGAGACCACCGGCACGGUGCGUUGUUAAUCCUUAUGGAGUUUGAGAGAUGCCUGAACAUAUCUUCAGGGACAUUUGGUAGGCAUAAUGAGGGAAGGAAGAGCCAGGAUGCCGCCACUAAUUUCUACUACCAUGUCAGCGCUAACCACUUCUUGCGGCAAGUGCCAGCACCCAGCGUUCGGCAGUGUGGCGAAUUGCAGCGCUGGAAGGAUGCCCUGGAACCACUGCAUGCUGCCCGGAACCAGUCGAGCAGCUCACACGUAUCCGCAAGCACGCAGGGGCUCUUUGCGCUGUCUGAUAUCCUGCUCUGCCUCAUCACGUCCUUCGUCAUGGGACGCUUUGCGGAUGUUGCAUGCUUGGCUCCGGUAAACCGUCGUUUGAAUCGGGUCGCAUGGCACGCCGACAGCUGGAGUGUUGUGCCGAUCUUCGGCCGCAAGUCCUUCGGUGCGGAGUCAACCGCGCGCUUCUUUGACCCUGAGCCUGAGGAUCGGGUUCUGCACGAUGGCGUCGACUGUCUCAGUCGGAGAGUGGUCGGCUUACUGCUGCUUGCACUGCGGACAUUCUCCGAGCGGCCCAUGUAUUGGCACGGAAGUGAGAUCUUUAAGCCCGAGUUUGUUCGAUUGCGAUGCUUGGUGGCAGCCUUCGAAGUGACGGGACUUCAGCCCCUUGUGGAUUUUGGCCGAGAGAAUAAGGACUUUAGCAGCAUGCAACCAAGGCAGGCUGUCCUCCUUUCGGGUCAUUCCGGGUUCGACAGGCGCUUCCCCACGUUUCAACCCCUGAAGGCGAGAAAAACUGGAACUCGUGAGUACUGCGUCGUACACAAACGCGCUCACGCGGCAGCACCUGAUGCCGCGUUGGCUAGGUUUCGGCUGUGA